AUGCUGCCACGAGGCUCUUGGCUUUGCAGGACUUCAGAGCUGCCGGGCUCCCACCAGGUUUGCUGCUCUCUCAAAGAGCUGGAGGUGUUCAGCAGAGCACGGGAGGUUAAAGUGGAUCCUGACAAACCCCUCGAGGGGGUUCGGCUGCUGACACUGCAGGCAAGGAAGACUUUGUUGGUGCCCACACCACGCCUCAGGACUGGGCUGUUCAACAGGAUUGUGCCACCUCCAGGUGCAACUAAGGAGAUCCUGAGGAAAUGUGCCACAUCUCAGGGUAUCAAAGAAUUCAGUGUGCCUGUGGGGCUUGAUGGGAAAGCACAAGUGGAUUUGGUUGUUGUAGGAUCAGUGGCUGUGUCUGAAAAAGGUUGGAGAAUUGGGAAAGGAGAAGGUUAUGCAGACAUGGAAUAUGCAAUGAUGGUGUCAAUGGGGGCGGUGCAGGAGGACACACCUGUGGUGACUAUUGUGCAUGACUGUCAGGUGCUUGACAUAGCAGAAGAGCUUCUUGAUGAUCAUGACUUAACUGUGGAUUAUAUCCUCACUCCAACAAGAACUAUCAAGACUAACUGCAAACGACCCAAACCUAAGGGAAUAAUAUGGCAUAAGGUCAGCUCUGAGAUGCUGAGAAAAAUCCCUAUCCUAAAGGCUCUUCAAUCCAGAGAGAAGCAGAAUGGCAAGGAUGUCACCCUCCAAGAUGAACAUCCACACUUGGCAAGCAGCAGAGUGUUAAAGGAGGAGGUGAUGGCUGAAAACACACAUCCUCAGGCUGCCACAAGCUCAAUUCAAAUAGGACAACAAGAUGUUGCAAGUGACUCUUUGAAUCCCAGAUUAGAGGGAUCUGGCAUGAUUACUACUGUGUUUGUGGGGAAUUUACCUCCCAGGCUAAGAGUGAGUGAGCUGAAAUGUGCUUUAAGGGAAUUCCAUGUGACUCCUUUCCGACUGACUUGGCAGGGAGCACAGCAUAGAGCUUUUCUUGAUUACCAGGAUAAAAGAACUGCAGAGAGUGCUGUAGCCUCUUUGAAAGGCUUAAGCCUCAGGGGGAAUCCUCUGCGAGUUGAGCUGGCCAAGAGUCAGAGGAACAAAGGGCAAGGAGAAAUCAAUAGUCAGAAAUGA